AUGGGAAAAACUGUCAGAGCAGAAGAAAUUGGUUUACAGCGUGGUAUAACUGGACCAGAAAAGGUGCAAGAGGUUAUAGUAACUGGCAUUGAUUAUGCCAGAAAGGCAGAAACUGUCCCUUUUUGGAACUCCAACUUUUCGGUAGACUUUUCAUAUGUUGCUGCAUCAGAGGAUAGUAAUGCACUGGAAAGCUCUUUCAUUUCAGCAUUUGAAGGUGCUUGUGCCAGUGGUUUAGCUCAAUUUUAUCUCUGUUCUUCAGCUUUGUGGAGUAUGUGGAAGUAUACAGUUCUACAUGUAUCUGCUCUAAAUGGCUAUAUCCAGUAUCCUCUCACAAGGAUCUGAGAAGAUUUCUAGCUAAGGGAAUGGAUCAACCAAUUCAAGAAGAUCUUAUGGAGUUUCUCACAUGAAGUCCUCAAUUUUGGAGGAUUUCUUACUGGGAAGUCAGCCAGGCUAUGGUUUUGCUCACAGACUUAUGGGGCUGCUGCUGUAUGGCGAGAAGUGAUGCUCCGACAAGAUUUGAAGCUCCUCGAGAUUCUUAAGUAGGAGGAGUUUUGCAGUACAAGUUUUGGUGAUAUCAGUAAUUGGCAAGAUCAAUGGACUUGUUCUUGUAAUUUUUGUUUAUGGAUGGCAACAAGUAGGGUAAAACCCAAUACCCAUUGAUACAUGACCUGCUGAUUAGUUCGAUUGUCCAAGCAAUGGGUUAUCCAUUAGAGUUUGAUAUUGAGGAGGGGGUUAUGUAUAUAUGUGCAUAAGAUCAGGAGUUAGAAGAAAAAUAUACCAUUUAUUCUUCCAAGGGAUACUUGUACCAUUUUGUUGUUAUUUCAAGUUGAUCAUUUGGCCACGAUCUUUG